AUGUACAAGGAAGAUGGAAUUGACAAAGAAAGAAUUCUUAUCAAAUUAAGUUCUACCUGGGAAGGAAUCCAAGCUGCCAAAAUCUUAGAAGAGAAGCAUGGAAUUCACUGUAAUAUGACACUGCUGUUUAAUUUUUACCAGGCUAUAUCCUGUGCUGAAGCUGGGGUAACUUUAAUCUCUCCUUUUGUUGGCCGUAUCCUUGACUGGUUUGUAAAGAAUACUGACAAGAAAAGCUUUGAACCACUUGAAGAUCCAGGUGUCAAGAGUGUCACUAAAAUCUACAACUAUUACAAGAAAUUUGGAUACGAAACUGUAGUAAUGGGCGCUUCAUUUCGGAAUACUGGGCAGAUCGUUGGCCUUGCUGGCUGUGAUUUACUGACCAUCAGUCCCAAGCUACUUGAAGAACUUAGCAAGAUGAACACACCCCUACAGACUCAACUCUCUGAUAGCAAAUCCAAAGAAAUGAAUAUGGAAAAGGUGAAGGUUGACGAAAAGACGUUUCGCUUCAUGAUGAAUGAGGAUGAGAUGGCAACAGAAAAACUUUCUGAUGGAAUUCGACGCUUUUCUGCUGAUGCUGUGAAAUUAGAGAAAAUCCUUAAAGCCAAAAUGUAA